UGUGAAAAUGAAGAAAAGGGUAAUAGUGUGUGCAUUUUUUAUACAUUUAUAUGAAUCUUCCCAGACUUAAUGAUGGGGACACAGAGAGAAUCACUAGUAGGCUAGGUCGACUUUCCUUUGUGUCCAAUCAAGUGAUUUCGCUUCUUAGAAGAUCAAUGAUUUUCAGUAAUUUGUAAGCAGUCUGAUGAAUUAGACCACCACACAGAUAAAGCAUAACUUGUAUAUCAAGUUUCUUGUUGUCAACUCACCCAAACUGUUUCUAUAAAACCCCAUCUCCCAUUCAACUUCGGUACUAACCCUAGCUACAAGCUCCUCUCUCUCUCUCUCUCUCUCUCUACAGCAUCAAUUGUACCAUUUCUAACUUAACUGCAGCAACAGCCAUGAAGUUGCUCCACAUCUUUGCACUCCUAGCAACAAUGGCUGUUGUUUCAGCUGCAUUUGAUCUGGAAGAUUACAAUGAAGAACCGGAAGUGCAGAGUAAUGAAUCAACGGUGCCUGAAUCUGAAAUGCAAGAAGCGACUACUUCUUUGAGAGGAGUGAGCCGCUUUCUGACUUCCCAGCAGAACCUGUUGGGAAACUUGACCUGCAACAAGUUUCCUAGGGUUUGUCGUCUGAAGAAGAGCCCAGGGCCCGACUGCUGCAAGAAGAAGUGUGUCAAUGUGAAGACGGAUAAAUUGAACUGCGGGUUCUGCGGGCGCAAGUGCAAGCAAACUGAGAUUUGUUGCAAGGGGAAGUGCGUCAAUGUGAAGACGGAUAAAUUGAACUGCGGGGUCUGCGGUUACAAAUGCAAGUACCCUGAGAUUUGUUGCAAGGGAAAGUGCGUCAAUGUGAAGACGGAUAAAUUGAACUGCGGGAUCUGCGGUUACAAGUGCAAGUACCCUGAGAUUUGCUGCAAGGGGAAGUGCGUCAAUCCAACUUGUGACAAAAAGAAUUGCGGUGGAUGCAACAAGAAGUGCAAGAGAGGGGAGUUAUGUGUUUAUGGGAUGUGCAAUUAUGCAUGA